UUAUUUUCUUCGUCAAACUCGUACUAACGAAUAUUCCGCUGAAUCGAAACGUCGUUAGUUUCUGGGACGACACCUUCGGAUCCGAGAUGAGAUGGUUUCCUUGGAUUUUGUCUUGUGAAUGAUAUUCACGUUCACAAGUUUUGAUUUUUCUUUCCUUAUUUUCGUUCCCAUUUUUGGGGUUUCGUUCUUCUGUGUGUUGUGAUCCUAAUUUUUUUCACCCGAUUCUGAUACCAUGAGGAAAAAGCUCGAUACACGUUUCCCUGCUGCUCGGAUAAAGAAGAUAAUGCAAGCAGAUGAGGAUGUUGGAAAGAUAGCACUAGCAGUUCCUGUUUUAGUGUCUAAAGCUCUGGAGUUAUUUUUGCAAGAUCUUUGUGACCGCACUUAUGAAAUAACUCUUCAGAGAGGAGCAAAGACCAUGAAUGCAUUGCAUUUAAAACAUUGUGUACAAAGCUAUAAUGUCUUUGACUUUCUGAGAGACAUCGUCAGCAGGGUUCCUGAUUAUGGGCAUGGACAUGGACAUGGACAUGGACAUGGCCAUGGCCAUGGCCAUCCUGAGGCUGGAGCUGAUGAUCGUUCCCUUCCAAAGAGAAGGAAAGCUGCUGGUGAUGAUUGCAAUGACAGUGAUGAAGAGGCUAAGAGGAGUAAGAUGCAUGAGUUAGGCCAUACUGGUCGAGGAAGAGGCCGAGGUAGAGGAAGAGGCCGUGGCCGAGGGGCUCGAACUGUAGAAAGAGAGACCUGUCACCAGCAGCAGGUUGAAUCUGAGCCCUGCUCCUCUGUUCAGCAAAGUAUCAAAGAUGUCCCUAAUGCAAGUAUGGCAAUAGAUAAUGAUCCAGAAUCCAAGGAGUUACCAAAGGAGAACAUUGUGGUUCCUGAGGAAAGCUCUCAAUCUCUCCGUAACAUUGAUCUGAAUGCCAACAUAAAUGAAAAUGAGGAAAAAAAUGCUAGCAUAGCAUUUCAGGCUUCAUUGCCUGAACCUGCAAUAGAGACUAAGCAUGAAGAACUUCCAGGAUGGUCCCUUUCUGACGUGGACAAGAUGGCCAUUGACACUAUGCAGCUUGCAAACCUUAGUAGUCGACUAGAAGAGGAUGAAGAAGAUUAUGAUGAGGAAGGGUAAAUAAUAUACAGCAGAAUAAGUACAUACUAGUACUUGAUGACUAUCCUCUAGUAAUUAGAGCAUCCCAUGCUAAAUAUCUUGAUGACCCCUCUCUUCUUUAUCUGGUAUGUCUUUGUUUUAGUGUAGGUGUAGCUUUCUCUUCAUAAGAGUAAUGUUAGCUUAUUGCACUUUUUUUUUUUUUGGAUACAAUGUUGUCAUUGAGGUUCGAACUUAUAAUCUCAUACAGAUUACUCAAAUUCCUUAACACUAGACCAAUUUCAAUGGCUUAGUUUCUCGCAUAUUUUAGGCUUUAAUUGGAUGUUGUUAGGUGACAACGAACUUGCUAGUA